UUGGUUCCACAUGAGUUGAAGAGGUGGCGGAGGAUCGUCACAACGGGGUGGGGGCGGAAAGCAGGCAGCUUGUGCCUUGGUGCUUUUGAUAGAAUCAGGGAGUGGAGGAGCGAUUUGGACAGUGAGACGGAAGAAAAAAGAAAUGGGAGGGAGUGCAUGACAUUCUUAGUGCAUCUGGACAAAAUAACAGCGCGAGAGUGUGAGGCAAAGAGGAAGGAGAUCGGAAUACAGGAAGGAACGACAGUAUUUAUUGUUGGAGGGGAGAGAAAGAGUACGAAAAAGAAAGUUAAGACGCAGAGGAAAAUGAAGAGGGAACAUCCAACCAGAAACAAAGUCUUGGCGUGUUGUGAAGUGUCAGUUCGGAUGGAAGGAGGAGUGGAAGAACGGUUGAUGACAUUAUCCAGCGGAGAAUGAGAACCGACUGUGGAAAAAAGAGAAAAUUCAGACUUCACUUAAACAUAUCCUGAACCUGAAUUCUACAUCUUAGUUUGGAGUCGCUGUCGUCCUCAGAGGAGUGUGUGUGUGUGAACACGAGAGCGUGGGAGAAUCAGGUGUUAUGUUAGGACAUUGGGGAUCACUUCUGGGUGAGUGACACUCUCGCACCCUCCCACACAAACACCAGCUCCCUCACGAGGAAACCAAUGCAGCUGAGAGAUCCAGGCAGCGUUGAGUCUAAGAGGAUGGAUCCUGUUCAGAAGGCAGUGAUCAACCACACCUUUGGAGUACCAUUGGUCAAGACCAAACGACCAGUCAUUUCCUGUAAUGUCUGCCAGAUCAGAUUCAACUCAGAGAGUCAGGCAGAGGCCCACUAUAAGGGAAACCGCCAUGCUAGGAGAGUCAAAGGCAUCGAGACCUCCAAGAGCCGCCCACAAGAGAGUGACAAACCACCUCCUGGUCCCGUCUCUUCUCCCUCACCUACAGGGUCCCAGCCGGCCGUCUCCUCUGACACUGACCCCAGCAAAACAGAUGAGACACGGUCAGCGCCACUGUUAGACGGACCCGCUGCUGUCCCUGGGGCCGUGUCCGUUUCUGCUCCCCCAUCCCCGGAUUCUCCUGGCCCUGCCUGUCCGCUUCUGCCCACCCCUGCUACACCACAACCACCCCCAGCCAGCUCCUCGUCCCCUGGUUGUGUCUCCUCUAACCCGGAGCAAACAGUGACUGGGGCCCCUGGAGCACCAUCAGUCACUCCCAGCAAUCCUGAGACUGAAGAGGACAAAGCCAAGAAGCUGCUUUACUGCUCACUGUGCAAAGUGGCCGUCAAUUCGCUCUCCCAGUUGGAGGCCCACAAUAAAGGCACGAAACACAAAACCAUUCUGGAAGCCCGCAGUGGACUGGGCCCCAUAAAAGCAUACCCGCGUUUGGGUCCGAAGCCCAUCGGCGAGCAGGGAGGCGGGGCCACAGACCCCAACACUCAGGAACGCACCUUCCACUGUGAGAUCUGCAAUGUGCGGGUCAACUCUGAACUGCAGCUUAAACAGCACAUAUCAAGUCGAAGGCAUCGAGAUGGAGUGGCCGGAAAGCCCAAUCCUCUCUUAAGCCGACACAAGAAGCACAGGGGAGCUGACCUUGUGGAUCUCACCAAAGCGUUAGGCGCCGGCCUCCUGCCUAGUCCUCUGGCUGUUGCCGCCGCAAUGGCCGCCGCCGCUUCCUCCAACCAGCUUGCUCUCCGCGCCGCAGCUCCCACCCACCAUCCGCAUCAUCACCUCCUGCAAGGUCCACCCCUUAGCCACGCCAUCUUGAGACCAGCUCCCGGGCCCAUACGCACCUCACACGGGCCAAUCCUCUUCUCUCCGUACUGACUCCACCCCUGACCCCCUUAGCCAAUCACAGCCAGUCCGGAGCCUCACCUCCAAAAGCACACUGUGAAGAAUUCAAGAAAAAAAUAGUGAAACACCACAGCAAUGACAAGAAUCAACUCAUCAACAAUAAAACCAAUCAUUAAAAUGAGCAGAAGGGUGAUGGGUGUGAAAAGACCCCGUUCCUACCCAAUUUCCAUCACCUCCAACUGCCUCUGCUUUUCCGGAGUGAUUUAUUCAGUGGUGGACAAUGAAUAUACAAACGCAGGGAUUGUUGGAAUAGAGCAAUAUAUCGAAAUAUGCUUGAUGCAUUUGACAUCUUCGUUCAUUAUCUUCUAUUCUGUCCUCUAUUUAUACACAUAACUGUGAGGUAGCAGCAGUCACAUUGUAGCCAGACAUGCUGGAAAUGGGUUAGGUAACUUUAUAGAGACCCCAGAACACACACACGCACCCAAAGACUACAGUUAAAACUGUUUCUUUGUGUCAGUCUGAAUCAAUGCACCCCUUGACCUUAUGCACCUUGAAAAAAAACAUCUGUUUGGUACUUGCUUCUAGUAGUCUUUGAUGUAUUCAGCUCAUGCUCUGUCUGGCUUUGGUUCAGAGAUGCUCAAAGCAUCUUCAUGCCUUUAAGAGAAAAACACACCACCAUUUCUGAUCCACCUCAACAAGUUCCUGGGUCAAGUAGAGCAGGGGAUUGUGGGUAAGCAUGGGGAGAAAAGUGUAAGAAUGCCCAACUCUUUCCUAAUGCUGGUAGUGUGGCCAAAUAUAGACAUACCUCAGUUGCUAAAAAGGUUUCUUCUAAAAAGCUAGAUCAGUCACAUCUCCUCAAGGAAAUAAAGAGAUCAGUACUUACAUCUACAUCAGACUACAUCAUUUGACUAAAAUGCCCUCGUAGACCUUAGAAACCCAGUAGAUGUCUAUUUAUUCUAUUGUGUAGUGUAGUGUAGUUUAGUGUAUAGUGUAGUUCAGAACAUCCAAGCUGGUUGACACAGAAAAUAUCCAAACUGACAUAUGUACGUAGAGGAUGAUGUGAUGCGGAUGCUGAAUAAAGAUGACAGAGUACUUUGAUUCUCAGAGAAAGGCAACAAACCUAAGCACACACUUGGACUUAUACUGUACAAUGAAGGCUCCUCGGUUCAUUCGGUCUCUGUGAUUCUAUGGAGAAUGGACAUUAUGCAACCCCAGUGAAAAGUCUGACAAGCUCCUAAAAAGCAAUAUGGCCCCCUUCUCACUCCCCACUCAGCUUCUGUGUUCAGUCUCACGAGGCGACAAGGACUGACGCCACAGGUCAGCCUCUUCUGCAGCUCCACACAAAUGAGUUUAGUAAAGAAAUAAAGAAAUAAAGUGAAGACGGAGUGAGAAGAUCAAAUCAAAAGUGGGCUGACACAGUAGUGGAAGCGAGGAUGCGAGGUCACAGCGGACGCGACUGUGCGAUUUUCCUUUUUUGGUAUGAACACUGUCGUGAAUCUAAAGCCAUGCAAUGCAUAUGAUUUCUGUUCUUUUGUUAUGAUGGAUUACUGCUAUCGUUUUAUUGUUCUUUCGGUUCAUUUUCAUAGCGCACUGUUACAUUGAACAAAUAUUGUUGUGGAAAUUCUAAAAGCGGGAAAAAACUGAACAAAAACAGGAAUAUUUUUCUAUGGAAGAUUGAAAACCUUCACUCGGGUGGGAUCAGAAUGUGGUAGGGUGUGGCCUACCCCGUUGUAGAUAAUGUAUUUAGAACUCCAAAAAAAUGGUAAAUGAGCAAGGGUCUUGUGCGUUGGACACAAUCUCACACCAAGUACUGUUGGAGAUACACAGUGCCCUUCCAUUAACAAGUGCAACAAUGUCUUACUGUUGUUUUGUUGUUUGGAUAUUGCAAUGCAAUAAGCAAUUAUGUUGUCGUAGAUGAGCGUAUACCUACUGUACCGGGUUUCAUGGUUACGUACGCCUGCAAACAGGCCUUCAUGUUCUUCCACAGAGAUGUUAGCCUUUUUAAAACAAUAAAGAGUGGGAAUAUAAAGCAAGAAAAGGGCCACCCGCAGGGACGGACCCUUCAUAUUAAAGGGUCUCAUCAAUCUCUGAAUGGGUGACAGGGUAUAAAUCUGAAUGCAAUCAAUGUGUUGUCAGCCGUAGCCUUUGCAUUGUGGGUUAGUUUUACUUUUUUUGUUUAUUGUUUGCAUUGUGUGGGAAACAGAUUUCGUACGUCAUGAUAAUGCCAUUACUUCAUGCUAACUGUGGUUAGCAUCCAUCAUUGUGCUUUGAUGGAAGUUGACCUCUGUUUGGAGAUGUAUUUUGGUUUUGGCACUAAAGGUGCUGUAGUUCACGUCAGUGUGUAUCGUGUAGUGUUGUGUGCAUACAGACAGAAUCCGGUUGGGGAAAAGAAAUGUUCGAUAGCCUAAGGGGCUCAUUGCUAUAAACCGAAUCUGCAUUAAUCUGCAAACCUCAGAUCAGCCGAUUUUAAACUUACUGCAUAUAUUUACAUUUAGUCAUUUAGCAGACACUUUUUUGGGAUAAAAGCAUCUGGUAAAUGUAAAUGUAUUGAAACAACCAGAGAGCAAAAUUUUUAUCUGAUAUGAGAUGUGCAGCUUGGGUGGAUUGCUUUUAGAAAAAAAGGGAUAGUGGGCUCAAAAUGUUUCAAAACUGUCCUUUUAGCGUGAGUAAAUAAUGACAGAUAUUUCAUUUUUGAGUGCACUAUCACUUUAAGGCUACGCGCACUUGACACUAGUUUGACGGGUGACUAUAGACGGUUUCAAAGUGACAACAUAAACAAACGUUACUGCGCAUGCGCUCGUUCGUGGGCUGCAGUUAGCUUUCGGUACACAUUCACAAACAAUAGCGUGCCUGUAGAUUAUUUCUGAUAACAAGCAAAAGAAACCGAGAAGAACCGUUAGUUGGCAAAACUUGUCUCUCCAAAUUUUUGAAUUUAGACUGCCAUACCAAGGUCAACCGCUAGAUGUCAAUGCACCAUACGGUUUCUUUAAAUGCGACCAAACUACAGGACCCAUUCAACAAAUUGUUUAUUUAAUAAAAUGAACAUACAACAAAAUUCAACAAAUCGUUUAUUUAAUACAAUUAUUAUACAAUAACACAUCAUACAAAUUAAGAUUAACAUAAAUUAAAUUAAUUAUAAAUAGUUAUUAUAUAAUAUAUAUUAGUUAUAUAAAUAUUAUUAGACACUAGCCGAACACAGACCGGAACUCAACUGCAGUCCCGGCGCGCGCGUCCGAUGAACCUGUCUAUAGCGCCUCCCCAUAGACUGUAUAAAACAGGCGCCUCCUAAAAAUCACGUCGGGUGAAAAGACCCCGUCACAGCUCACCUAGGCUCGAUGCUGACUCGCUUAGUCCCAUUCGUCAGCACUGUAAAGACCAUGUUCAUCCUGUAGUCACCCCUGAAGAUAAGUGUCAUCGUUGUACAGAAUUGUCUAGAGCUCUGUAAUAGAUUCGUUCAACCUUUCAGGGCAGGUGUAAUGUUAGUGGUGAAGUCUAGCCGUAGCCUUAUUUCACCCCAGCCUCUCCAGGAGCCGCUAGACGGAGAAGCGUUGGUCCAACCUCGUUUUGCCAAUAAAGUUAUUUUUUAAUUGUGAGAUGGGAAAACGGUAACGUUACAUUUGAUGGAACGUAGCAAUAUUUAGCUCCUACUGGCUACUCUUGUUUAUUGCAAUAAGGAAAUCAACCAAUAGAUGCAUAUGUGAGAUAAAUAUUAUAGAUGUAAAUUAAAUAAAACACAGAACAUCAUGUAAAUACUCGGUAUCAGAGAUUCUUGGAUUUGCCACAGGGGGAAAAAAAUAAAAAUCAAUGUCAAUAAAUCAAUAAAGAAUAUUAAAAUUCAUGUGUAAUGAUUCUUUUUUUUAAUGUACCU